AUGCAAACACCAACAAUAAUGCAAGAGAUUAAAGAGGAAGAGAAAAGGUUCGAGAAGAAAACAUCACGAGCUUUAUUAAAUAUUGAAGAUUAUCAUCAACAAGCAAAAAAAACAUUACCAAAAAUGACAUAUGAGUUCUUUAGAAAUGGCUCCGAUGAUCAACUAACAUUGAUUGAUAAUGAACAAGCGUUUCGUCGAAUUAAAUUACGUCCAAAAGUACUUAUUGAUGUUUCAUCACAUUUAACAAUAGACUCAAUAAGUUGUAAGACACAAAUUUUAAACUCUACAACAACAAUGUCAUUUCCGUGCAUGAUUGCUCCUGCAGCUUUACAUUGUCUAGCCAAUCGGGAACAUGGAGAAUUGGCAACUGUUCGGGCAGCUGUUGCUUGUUCGACAAUUAUGUGUGUCAGUAUUAAUUCUUCAACACGCAUGGAACUAAUUGCAGAUGAAUAUCGACGACAAAUCAAAGAAAACUAUCCUCAAAGUCAUUCGCAACUAUGGCUUCAAUUAUAUGUAUUUCGAAAUCGACAAUUAUCACAAAAGUUAAUUGAACGAGCUGAAAGAUGUGGUUAUAAAGCGUUGAUUAUUACAGUUGAUAGGAGUGCAGGAUCUAAUAGAGAGUCUGAUGUUCGUAAUGAUUUUUCGUUACCCGAUGGCAUUGACGCUGCAAAUCUCAUCGAUGAAAAUAAUAUUACGGCUUCAGCUUUUCGAAAAUUGAUUGUUGACUCAGCUUUAUCAUGGAAAGAUCUUGAUUGGAUACGAUCAAUUACAUCAUUACCUCUCAUUCUCAAAGGAAUUCUGCAUCCGGAUGAUGCUCGUGAAGCUGCUAGACAUGGUGUGCAAGGAAUUAUUGUAUCGAAUCAUGGUGGACGGCAAUUGGAUACAAGUCAAAAUACUAUUGAUGCUUUACCAGAUAUUGUGAAAGCUGUUGGCGAUAAUAAUCAAAUGGAUGUUUAUAUUGAUGGUGGUAUAGGACGAGGAACAGAUAUUUUAAAAGCUAUAGCAUUGGGUGCCAAAGCAGUGCUGAUUGGUCGACCAGUAUUAUGGGGUUUGGCGGUCGAUGGAGAGAGAGGUGUGAGAAAUGUAUUGGAUAUAUUAAGAAAAGAAUUUCGAGUGGCUAUGAUGCUAUGUGGAUGUCAAACUAUUGAGGAUAUUAGAAAAAACAACCUUUUAGUGAUGAAUAAUAAUAAUAUGUCAAAAUUAUAA